GGUCGUCGUUUUGACAAGCGGUCCCCUUUUCCCAUCUUUGCGGAGGCACCCCUCUCGUUAAUGGCACGCACACGCGCGCGCAAAGGGGUGCCGAUCCAUGCAGGGAUGGCCGCAGGGGAUCACGCUCUCGCACUCUGCUGCAGAAGGCUCAUCUAAUGCGCGCCAAGCUACCCGACCGGCCCCGUACAAGCCAUUGUUUGUUCUCGUGGGAGGUGGCAGGGACGUCCUCGUUGGUUCUGAGAUUAUACCAGCGGCAACACUAGUUGCGCCGCACCGCGCAGCGCAGCGGAGCGGACUAUCGGUAGAGUGGCUCUCAGACGAUACGUUGUAGUCCAUGGCGAUGGCGAUGCCUUGCUGAUGACUACCUAGCAGUAUAUAUAAUUCGUGAAGGUGUGUGAAAGCCAGGUGUGUGACUACAAUUUACAAACGUAGCGCAUUUCGUCGCGUUGACGUGCGACGCUGGUUAAGUGGUGUAGCGACUGAUUGUACACGUGGCAGAAUUCAGACUCGAGUCUCUGCGGGAUCCUUCGGCGGUUCGACACGUGGCACGAUCUUGACUCGACACCUGUCAGACGCGGGUUCAUAGUCCACUCAGACCGAUCGAGAGGUCGCGAAUCGCGACCGCGUCUGGCGCGCAUUGUCGCGCGAGCCGCCUGUCGAUUUGUUUGAUUUAAGCGAACAGGCUGGAGAGAUGCUGGCCAAUCAUUUACGCCGUACUUAUGUUAAAUCGGCGAAGCAACUGUCAAGAGUCUUGAUUGGAGUAAAUCAUAGUCACCAUUUGCAUGAGGUGAGACGUGGCGGCGGCCCGGUGGCAGCGGCCCGGGCUUCGUCCCACGAUAGUUUCUGUCGCAACAUUCACGUGGGCAAUGACCAUGGACGCGAAAUCUGUCAGGAGGUGACACGUGGCAGCCGGGUGAAGCAGACAAUCGCUCCUUGGGAUCAUCAGUCACGGAAUCAGAAUGAAGAGUACACGCGUUCAGCUCAGCAGGCUUCCUCCUCUGUCGUCUGGACACGUGGCAGGCUUGCCGUGACAGCCGGGAGGUCUGGCUUUGGCCUGUGCCGUGUCGGCUUUCACAGCCAGCCUGGCCCGAGCUCCCCAACACUGGCACCGUCCGCGGCAGCCGUAGCUGACGAAACCUCAGCAGCUGAUAUCGGCGUCGGCGAUCGCCCGCCACGUGUCAGCGAAAAAAUGCUGGAGCUUACCGUAGUUGAUUUGGAGGGGCGGAGACAAUCUUAUCGAGCAAGAGAACGGGAGGGUCUCACUGUGUUGGGAGCGCUGAAAGAUUGUGGUGUUGAGACUGGUUGCCAUUGUAAACUGCAUGAUAGGGGGCUGGAGGUUUGCAUGGGGAACUGCCAUGUGGAGAUUGCUGACGAGUGGCUGGCGAAGUUCCCCCCACGGAGUAAAGACGAAUUGAAUGUCCUUGUGGAUCAUGCUCCUGGUCAAAUCACGAGGCACUCGAGAUUAAGCUGCCUUUUACCGCUAACCAAGGAGCACGACGGGAUUGUUCUGUCAGUCACAGAAGAGAUCCCUUGGGACAUUCCCUAAUCUGAGACCAGAGCAAAUGAGGUGGCUCAACCAGCUACGACGAACUGGAGUUACCCCCUUUACUUUCUGUCAUCUUUCCAUUCAUACGUAUGCAUCCAGUACCACUUUGAUUCAGACUACUAGUUUAAGGUGAGUUAAUUUCAUGGGAAAUUCGUCUUCUGAAGCAGAAUUGCAGCGCAUAUUUCCAUUUAGUGUCA